AGCGGUAGUUCUUCCUUCUUACUAAUUUUCUGGAUUACCAAGCAUUGUAGUGCUUGCCAUGGCCAAUAUCGGCUAAACGUUAGCAUUCAUUCCAUUUUAUCACGUCUACUGGGAUACGCGACUCUGCACACAAUUUUGGUUGCUUCCUACGUCUGCAUUUUGUGUUUCGGAGCCGACGAUGACGCAUUAACCCGAGAUCCCGAGCCUGCCGACAACUAACAUUUCACAUCGCAACAACCAUUUCGCUUGUCGACAUAUCAACUAGAACAAAUGGAGGCUCGGGGCUCUGAGAAAGGUGGAGCACAAGAUGAUCGGAAUACUGGCGCUUAUAGACGUAGGUUAAACACAUCUUGUUGGAUGUGCAGGAAGCGCAAAGUCCGAUGCGACGCUACUGCCGAUGAUCCCUGCACCUCGUGCAAACGAGCUGGGGUUGAAUGCAGGCCCCAUCCACAUCAGCUCCAACCAACCAUGGCUCGUCGGCGCAGAGCUGCCCAAGCCAGAAAACCUCGGGUUACCCUGGACUCAACCCUUCACACUGAUCUAGAUGACCAGGCUUCGCCUCUAAGCCUCCCUUCGACAUCUAGCUCCGGGACACUUUCGCGCUUUUUCGAGGCUGGUAUCAUUUCCUCCAAUUGGAACGGAUUUGAGGAGAAUGGCACGUUUCGAAACGUAUACAUCGGCACGGAUACUGCGAAUUUGCACCAUCUGGUCCGGGAUAAUGAGCCACCUGGAAACAGUUUCCUUUGCUAUCCAUUUCCUGCAAUUCGUGAUGAACUGCCAUGGAAGCCACAACCUGAAAUGAUAGGCCAUCACUACCUCACGGUUGAGUCUAUAAAUGAUCUGAGUAGCUUUCCAGUCCACCCAGUGCGAGACGCACUCGUGGAGACUUAUUUCAAGGACAUACACCCGGGAUUUCCGGUCAUUGACGAAGCCGAGUUUCGUCGAAAGUACACUGAGCCCAGCGACCCGCCAUCCUUGUUAAUAUUUCAGGCUGUUCUUCUAGCAGCAGCUCGCAUAACUGAUCAUCCACAAGUCGCCGCCUCCCGUGCGAUGACAACAGCCACUCUUUACAGACGGGCCAAGACACUUUUUGAUCUGAGACAUGAAAGUGACCGCGUUGAUCUUAUCCAGGCCGCGCUACUGCUGGCUUGGUAUACGGAAGGUUCUGAUACGGUGGCCAGCAACGCGUAUUAUUGGGUUGGCAAUGCGACUCGAAUUGCUUUUGGUAUGGCCUUGCAUCGAACUGCAUCCCUUAGAUAUGUACCACCUCAGAGGACACGCUAUUACAGGAAAUACAAAAAGAUCUGGUGGAUGCUUUUGUAUAGUGAAGUGAUGUUAGCCUUGGAGUACGGCAGACCCUGUAUGAUUCGUACAGAGGAUUUCGAUGUAGGGCCAUUGGAAGACGAGGAUUUCAAAAACAUGGACGACUCGGAAGAUAAUAUUGUGGAUCGCGAUUUCUGCUCCGUUCUAUCUGACAUAUCUCUCGUCGCACUGGACGUUAUCAGUCUCCGAGCACCCAGAGGCAAACAGACUGAUGUUAACACUUCUUCUAUCGAGUAUCACUUGGCGCAAGUGGCAUUACGUAUACCCCCAAGUCAUGAUCUGUGGUCUUGUCAACUCCGUCUCGUCUACAACCUGGUUGUGUUGACCGUCUACCGAACCAGCAGUGCAGGCGAUGCAGCGAAACUCUGCUCCGAUGCAGCAUCCAAUAUCCUCACCACUUUUGAGGCCAUGAUUGUGCAAGGUACAAUUCGACAAUGCCAUCAAAGCGGUAUUACGGCUCUAAUGGGCGCUGCUAUUCAAUUUGCUCGCGAGAUCAGAUUGGCAGCUGCUAAAGGGUCCAUCAUCACAGCAAUUUCGGCUCAUGGCCAACUAGAACGACUUUUGGUCCCUGCAAACGCACUCUCGCCGUACUUUGCAAAUAUCGAGGCGAUAUGUAGACUCUGCAAGAGCCUCGCCGCACGUGCCGAGAUGGUCAUCAAAGAAUGCCUGGCCCAGCAUUCUCCUUUAUCAACGUCCCAACUGCCUGCCAAAACCAACAUUGAUUGGGGAGACAUUAUGACGAAUUAUCGGAUGCCAAAUGUUGGGUUUGGGCUGGAUACUGAGGAUUGGUUGAAUGACUUGUGUCGUGAUUCCCUUGGCCAAGCCAAUAUAUAAUUCAUUGUAGGUAACCCUAACCCUAAAAAAAAACACAAGUCGUCGAACCUGGGUUCCCGAAUGGAUUAGAUAUCGUUGGAGAUUCGACUUUUUUGGGGGGUCUCAAUCAGGAACUUCGGAAUUAUUGGCAAACUGACUGCGCAGAGAGAUUGUUAGUCGAUUCGGCCAGGAGGUGCUCGCUGCAGGCCUGUCUGAUUACGACCCCGAAACCAUUUCUCUUAUAUCAACUACCAAACUGAUGAAACAGAAACUUGGCAGUAGAUUACGGACUGUCAAUGCAUAGUCAAGAUAUCACGGGGAGCCCAGGAAAUACGUGCAAGACAAAAUUUCAGACCUGGGUGACGACGUGAUUCAUCUUAUUGAUGGGGAGGCCACUUUGUA